AGUUCACUUUUGUGACUCGGCUCGUGAAGAACAUUAUUUUUAACUGCCGAUCAAGAAAAGCGAAAUUUCUAUAAGAAACUGAAUUACAUUGUUUUCAACCUUAUAAAAGUGUAGUAAAAAAGUGAAAAAAACAUAAAAGCAUUUGUUGCUGUUGAUGCGCAAUUGUUCUUGCCCUUUGCUGUACUGCCAAAAACACAGUUAUAAACAAAACAGAAGAUUGAAAAACGAAACAUUUUUUAAAUAAUACAAUAAAGCCAAAAUUGUGUGUUUCUGUGAUUAAUCCAUAUAAUUAUAUGUUUUGGACGAUACACAAUUGCUUAAGGCAUAUGGAAGAAGCUUUCUAAAGGCAAAUUGCGCAAAAUAGUAGUAAACUCAGCAUUCACAUAUGAAGUGAAGUGUAAGUGUGUGUAUAUUAUUUUCUUUGAUCAUAAAUGAAGAAACAGAAUAAUUAUUACAAAUAGCAAACGUGCGUGUGGAACUGUAAAACCGUCCGAACGAACUUUAAUACAACAACAACAAAGCGAAAACAAUACAGUUUUUUUAAUUCGAACAUUAUUAUUAAGCGCAUUCAUAGAACUUGAAGUUAAAUUGUGGUUUUGUUACGGAUUUAAAAAAAAGUAACUAAGCAAUUAAGUGCAUUAAUUGAAAGGGUCAACGCGGAACCACUACAACAACAACAGCAGCAGUUGCAGCGGUGUGUGACAGCAGCCACACAAACUAACGGUAAUUCAAACAACUGCGAAAGCUAAAUCCCGAGUAAUGCCGUUCUAUUCGCGCGACUGGCGUUCACCCGGUGAGGCUUGGGUCAAAACUGAUGAAGGUUGGGUGUGCAAAAAGGUGCUCGAAUGCGGCAAACGAAAGCGACUGUCAUCCAAUUCGGACGAUAGCUUUGACGAUGAUACGGAUGAGGUUAUCGUGCCGCCACACUGCCACAUUACGGUACGUUGUACACGCGAAAUCGCCGGCUUCAAUGGACUUGGCGAAGUUGUGCGACGUCUAGACUUUCGCACUUCAUUACGUAAUCACAAACGCUUCCACUAUAUUUGUGCGCUGCUGCGAUUGUUGGUCUCUCACAAGGGUAUCGUCAACUUGUCGGGCAGCGCGCAGCGGGUGCUGAUGCAAAUUGUUGAAGAUGUGGCCACACAUGUCAAUGACAGCCAACAGCAUUUGAAUGUGCUGCGGGGUUUGGUCAUACAACUGCAAGAGAUUGUGUUUCAGGAGAGCCAGAAGUGCUGGGGGAAACCGCUAGGCAGCACCAAUCUGUGGCAGGAGCAUAUCGAGACUAUAAAACGCAUACAAAAUGUCGCUAGUCAACUCGAAAUCAAAGAGCCCGGUCCUGAAAUACGUCCAAAGCUGCACGACCUACCUGAGGAGUGCAUACGUGAGAUUAUCUUGCGCAUAGCGGAUCACAAAGAUCUCGAAGCCUCCGCCAACGCUUGGCCUACCAUGGCCACAUUGGUCUCGGAGCAACGCAUAUGGCGCGAACUCUGUCGCUUUCACUUCAAACAGCCACAAAUCAAUUUAAUACUCGAUCUUAAUAACAUAAAACUAAUGAACGAGGUAAAGGACUGGAAAAAGAUCUAUCAUCAGUUGCGACGCACUUACGGUGUCAAUGAUGACUAUCAGUUUGCCGAAGUGUUGAAACUAUGUCGUAUAUGUUCGUGUUUAUUCUGGCCAUCGGAGGGUCAUCCGUGUAUAGCCGAUGAAAUGCCUGACUAUAAGCAACGCUUGGAGGAUGCGGCGGGUGGCGGGCAAUUGGUUGUGGCACAGCCAGUGCCACCGGCACAAUUUCUGAAAUAUUUCUCACUGUAAAUACUUAGCAUUGUAAAAUAAUAACGUAACGUAACGUAAAGAGAAAGGUAGCGUAGCGAAGUGAUAAGGAAAGGAGGGUUCGAACUGAUUAUGACUUGUUAAAAAUGUGGCUAUGUUGCGCAAGUGUUGGUAUAUAAAGAGCGAUUUUAGAGGCAGCUUGGAAAUCUGGUGCACUGUGAGUAAUAGGAGAGCGAAAUAUAUAUUUACUGAUGAAAACAAACUGCUUAGCCUCUAGAACUAAAAAUAAAAUGUAAAAAAAUAAACUAUUAGACAAGGCAACUUGCAACAAAGUACAGUGAUAACUUGAAAUUAUUACAGAUAUACAUACAUAUGUACUAUUUUAUUGUAAUGAUUCAGCUACUUAGUGAGGUCUAUUAAAUUUGAUGUUUUUAAGAAUUACUUUUUUAUUUUAUACAACAAAAAAACUCAAAAUGUUUUUAUUAGUUUCGUAAGCAAGGGAAUAAAGAGAAGAAUGCUGACUUGGCUGAAUUAUUUGUAUCGGAAAAGUACUCAUUACAUACAUACAUAUACAUACAUACAUAAAUAAAAAAACAUAUAAGCAUUUUAAACAUAAA